ACCUCGACCGUCGGUUACUGUUCUCUCAACAACCGUUUUACCUCGUCGGAACUUCGUGCCUCGUCGGGGACCGACCGAUGUCCGUCGAUACUUGCCACCUGCCGCUUGUUUAUAGUCUGCUCACGCGAUUUUGCCUCUUGCCUCUUGAUUCGUUGCUAGUAUGACUCGGAUUGCUGACUGAAAGUAUACAUAUUAUAAGUGCUAAGGUGAUCAUCUUUAGUCAUACAAAUCGCCACCUGUAAAUUACCGUUCCCUACAAAGAACGGGCAGGUGAUGAGAUCCUUGAGGAAAAGGGAUUAAGUCUUCGUAUAUGUGGAGAUUUCUCACACUCCCAUAUAGGCAUCCUCCGUAUCCACAGCCAGAACACAGCCAAAACACAGCCUGCGUCCUCUUUGAUUAGUAGACAGAGGUGUUCCAUUUCCUUUAUGCUCCUACAGCUCAUGUCCAGGGGAAUGGAAAUUGUCCCACACAACUUGGUUCAGCUCGACCAGUGUGGAAGCGAAUAACGAGCAGCAUCUCAAAUUGCGUUCGCACCCCUCCUCCUUCCACUGGCUACAGUCCCUGUCGAAAAGUAGCGUCGCGGUCUGUAUUGCUUAUCAGAAGCAGGGCAAGAAUGCGAACAACAGAAGUGCAAGGCUAUGCUUGAUCCAGGGAGAGAAUGAGGAUGAGAGGUAUUUAACAUCGUCGAACCCUCUUGCGGAUAUUUAGUUUUUUCUCAUCCAUCUAAUAUCCUUCGGUUCGAUAAUCAAGACGAGAAGGCUGCGCUUUUUACUAGGAUGAAAGUUUUCAAGACAACUUGCCUUCCCCUCGUUCUCCUUUACGUCGUCUUCUCCUUUCCCAUCGCCAACGCCAGUUCGGCAUCUGACGUUGUCCAGAAACUCUGUGACCAACUAGGAACAGUUGCGGCAUGUAGAGCCACCAUCAAGAUUCCCACCGCCAGAGUGCGAUAUGGUACUAUCACGUUAUUCCGAAUCAAUUCGUGUAAAACGAAGAAAAAGGCUUUUGGUGUCUCGAUCUGUAUCCCCGGUACUGAAGCGCAGCAAGUUCGUACUCCAGUCGGACUGGAUAUCGUAUUGACAUCGGUGGACAUCUGUAAGUUCGCGACAAAAACGAUCCCGGGGCUACCGGAUUUGGUAAAGAAGAGUACGGCCGUUUGCAGAUGUAUCCCAGAUGCUUGGGCGAUGAUCGAUACAGAUACCUUCAAAGCAGUCGCGAAAUCCAAGAGCGUCAGCGAAAGUACCGGAGCCAUCCUAGCCAAAACUACCAAGUUCUACGCCUGCGCCAUCGACGCUGGCUUGAAUGUCCAAGAUAACAAACAGGGUCUAACUCAAGGCACUGGUGCUCUUGUCACCAAUGGCAACGUGAGGGUCUUCAAAGCGGCUGAACUCGAUCUUGAUCGAUACUCUGCUUUUGCCCUUGCCCUUGCACCUUGUUUUACCCCUGCCGGAUGUCAGCCUACCACUAUCGAAGGUUUCUUCCAAAAUUACCUCAAAGACUCUGAAGCCCUGAUCCUCGACCAGGUCAAGGCUACUUUCACUCCAUGGUCCACUAGUCUUGACGGCGUCGCCAACAGCUUCUCGAGUUUAUCCGCCAAUACAAAGUCGAUCGCCGACAUGACGACCUCCAUCCAAGCUGCCUCAACGAAGAUUGUAAACGAUUUCUGUCCGGAUGCAAACGUUUGUGCCAGCAACACAUUGACCGAAUUCAAAAAGCAAGUCGAGUCCACCCUUGACAUUUCCAAGCAGGUUGGUGAGGUCUAUGAUCUGGCUAAAGGGACAGUUCAAGACGCAAAAGACCUCUCCGACCUCAUUUCUUCCACUGUCAGCUUCUUUGAGAAUCUCAAUGACCUCCAAAUCGAGACCAUUGUUGUUAACUUCAUAACAUCCGGAGGCAAAAGUCUCGACGAGCUCGCCAAAAGUCUCAAAGUCGCUCAGAGGUUACCCAACAUCCUCAACUCCCUCGAAGCCAAGCUCCCUAACCUCCAAAAAACCAUCGCUUCCAUUGUUGUAAAAGGUCCCCAAUUCGUCGAUUCCCUCCAGGGGAUCUUUACAAGAAACUGGCUUAGUGAUUAUCAAGGUGAUGCAGCGACCGCCAGCAAGAUAGGUGACCAGGUGUUUGCGGUUCAAAAGCUUUUCGAGCAGCUCAUACCUCAAGCCACAGAGCUCUAUUCCAGUGUCACCUUUCUUGCCAACUCACUUGGGUCCGUCGAGAAAACUGGACAGAUUGGGAAGGUUGAUGUGGCGGUGGCUUCUUAUCAGCGAUGGACGAAGGGGUCAUUUGCUAUGCCCUGUUUGACUACGGGAAAGAUUACUUUUUCGAUCCUUUCCUUCAAAACAGUUGUAGACUACCCCAAGUUCUACCGAUGCGUUCAAGAAUACAACAUUCCCUUCCCCAACCAGCACAUCCCUUAUGUCCGACUUACCCUUCCUCAAGAUUCUACGCUUGCCAAACUUGGCCAGGACACCAAGGGUGCAACUACUUCCAUCACUUGGAGCGGUGCGAAACCUUCAGCAAACGGACAAGCUAAUUCCUCUGUUGCCUCAGCAGCUUCUUCUUCUUUCUCUUCAUCUGCGUCUGUAGUCAGCUCCAGCGCAGGUAUCAGUCCCUCCGAGGCUGCUUCUUCAGCUACGGUCACCUCUAGCGCAGAUAUCAGUCCCUCUGAGACUUCUGCUUCAACUACGGUCACCUCUAGCGCAGAUACCAGUCCCUUGGAGGCUGCUCCUUCAGCUGCAAUCUCCUCUAGCUCGGACUCCAGUUCCUCUGACGCUACUCCAUCUGUUGUAGUCUCCUCUUCUACGGCUACCCCUGAAGACAUUUCAUCCUCACUUACCACCGCCAGUACAUUCAAUUCCCCUCCUGCCAUCGAUACCACCCGUCGUCGUGCGGCGAGACGAAGGGCAAUCCCUUAUGACCGACGACAAGAAGGUGCAGAAGAUGAAGACGACCCAGUCCCAGUUGAUAUCGAUAUUACACUUGCUGCCCCUGCUUUAUCCGGUUACGCUACCGAUAGUACCAUGCUAUCUGUUCCUACCACCUCAGUCGCGUAUUCUGAGGUGGUCGAAGGUGAUACAACUCGUUCGGUAGAGAUUCCAGUUCCUACCAAUAUCCAAAUAACCGCCAUUGAGACCGCUGCUGAGCCCGGGCCUACAAGCAUCACUUUAGCUUCAGAGACAUACAACAUCUACAGCGAUGUUACCGAAACUGAGUUGGAAACGGUUAUGUCUAGUUGGAGUGCAUUGGGCACAGUAUCAGUCGAUAUGGCUACUCCGACUGAGGAAAUUGAUUCCGGCGGGCAGAGUGCAAUCGCUAGUAGCAGUUCUGCAUCAGCCUUUGCAACGGCCACAGCAAGCAAUGCAGCUGGGAAGAGUAAAGGUGGUGCUUGGGGAGAAGCUGGUGUGAGCCUGGUGGUAAUGGGCACCAUUGGAGGUAUUGCAUUCGAGGCGAUCUGGCUCUAAAUACGUUGUGACAAUAGCUGAAGAGCGAGGGGUGUAUGAUAUAUUUUUCUUUCUGCCAGACUCCUGUAAUAAGUGACUAUGUCUUCGAUGGUUUUAUGCAGUAGUAUCAGUAUUCGAGAUUAAUUAUGUC